AAUACACACUCAAACAUACACUGUUGUUAUUUAUUAUCAAAUCCUAACAACUCUUGUAAGAAAACUGCAAUCUACUUACUGUGAAAAUGGCGAAGCUUCUCUAUGUACACAGUAAACGAGAGGAUGAUUCCCGGCUCAUUCUAACUGAGAGGUCACCUAUCAUUCUCCACCUUGGUGCCAAACUGAGGGCCGCUCGUCUUGAUGGAGAUCUUGACCUGUGUCCCCCAGACAGUGUCCCUCAUUCUGAAGACUUUCUAUGGGAAUCUUCCCUCUUUAAUGAUUCCAGUGACCCCACUGGUUUGAGAUUGAUCCUAAAGGGGAUUUCUGGUCCUCGCUCAGCCCAGGAGGCUGCCUCAAGUCCCAGUCUGCCUCAGCAGGCCCCCUGCUGUGAGCCAUGCACUGUGGACAAAGCCAGCCCGGGACUUAAUGACAGCCCUGUGCAGACAGAAAACAAGACCAGCACACAAAACUGGGAUCAUUUGUACUGCGAAUUUGUGGACCCUGACACUCUCCUAAACCAGAAAAGGGAGCUAGGCAAUAUCACACCUGACACGGCCUCUUGCAGCUACAAGAGACCAGCGAGUGAGAUGGACAACGACGAGUUCGGAAGUCCAUCCAAAUCCUCCUUCACUCUCUCCUCUUCCUCUUCUCCCUGCUACACAGAUGAAGAGCUGGAACGUGAAGAAUGAACUUUAUCACCAACAAUCAAUGCUUGAUUUCACACAGAAUGUCUGUCAUUUGUAAAUACUGUAAAUACUGAAUUAAUUAAAUAAAAAGAUG